GCAGCGCAGCGUUCCCUGGGGGCUUGGGGAGGCUGGAAUUCCGUGCAGGAGCUCUCCGGGAGGGAAGCGGAGCUGGGAGCAGGGGCUGUGUUGCUGUUGCCCAGAGAUGCUCUGCAGACCACCCACGGCGCAGUGAGCCCUCCCAGCCACCCCAAAUCCCGACCCUGAGGGCUGGGGAAGGUCUGAGGAUGUGAGUGAGGAGGGAACGAGGCUCACCCCGAUCCUGGGAUGCCCAAGGGAUCCUGCACAGCAGCCAACCCCUCCCUGCUGCUGUUGGAUCUGGGGUUUGGACAGCGCUGCCCCCGGGGGUGCCCGCAGUGCCUGGGGCUGCAGAACUCACCCAGAUGUAGCUGGCAGAGAAUGCCCGCGGUGCUGCCAGCUGCCCCCACGGUGACACGGGAGAAGCAUCGGGCAGGAAGGAGCUCCAGGAUCACGGCCAGCCCCGGAUGGAGGAUGCGGGAUGGGCCCCAGCUGCACAUCCCCGCAGGUGAGGAGUGCGAGUCCUGCUGGCCCCGCUCCCCCGAGCUCCUGCCCCGCGGGGACCGCCUGCACCGCCGGGGACAAUGCUGGAGGGACACGAGCACGGCACCAGGGACACAUCCCCGGGGCACGGCACCAGGGACACGUCCCCAUCUCCAUCCCCAGGGCAUGGCAUCAGGCAAGGCUGGGCUGGCAGAGCAGAGCAGCCCCGCUCCCGAGGCAGGACACGGCUCCCCGGAGCCCUCUGUGGUGCUGCUGGCUCUCAGGGACACCUUUCCCCCAGAGCUCUCGCUCUCCUUCUCCGUGGAGAGCCGCUCCUGCCGGUGCCGCAAUUCCCAGCUCCAGGAAGCUGCCAGGAAGAAGCUGUGGGCUCUGGGGAGCGAUGACAGAAGUGUCUGUGCCCUGUUCAAGGAGCUGUCAGCCAGGCUGGUCGGCAUGCAGGCACACGAGGAUCGCUUCCUCCUCACCUUCAAAACCCUGGAGGAAGUCUGGAGGUUUUCCACCUACCUGACUUUAGGGUACGUGGGGACCUGCCUGGAGCAGCUGCUCUUUGCCCAGGAGUUCUGGCUGGACUGUGCCCUGGUGGAGGACACGGAGCUCAGGGUCACCGUGGAUGAGGAGCACCUGGCCACCAUCUACAUGGAUCUGCUCCUCCAGGAAGGGAACUUUUUCUGCAGGGCAGUGCCCGGCGUCUGCAAGUUGGAGCAGGAGGGAGAGGAGGGUCUGCAGCUCUGCAGGAACGAGCUGAUCCAUGUGAAGAGCGUUGGACAGGAUUCCAAAUGGGAAGGGAUGUCCCUGCUGACGGGGCAGCGAGGCGUGGUGCCCGUGACAGCUCUGGAGCCAAUACCUCACCCCUUUUACCAGUGGUUCCUGAGGAAUUAUGCUGUGAGUUUUGGCCUCUCCCAGGAGAUCAGCGGGACGAGCUCUCGGGCCAUUGUCAGAGGCAGGUGCAUCGCCACCAAGGACCACAGAGGAGCAGCGUGGGAUGAACUGAGCUUCUCCAAAGGAGAUCCUAUAGAAAUCAUUGGCUUCUUCAUCCCUGGGCUGCCCUGGUUUGUGGGCAAAUCCCUCAGCACCAGGAGCAUUGGCUUCGUUCCCACCCAACACGUAAAUCCCGAGGCUUGCGAACCUCUGGGAAAGGGCUUUGUGUUCCUGAGCGAAGAGGAGAAGUGCCCAGUGCUGCACAUCCCCUGCAAUGGUGACGAGCAGCACUUUGCCACCCUCCUGGGGGACCUGGCGCACACUGACAUCACCUCUGUGUACAGGCUGGCGGGGUUUGAACCCACAGCCGUGUUCCCACAAGUGCCACCAGAGGCUGCUCUCCAUGGCAGUAGAGAAAUCCAAGUGCUCCAGUCCUGGGAGGAAAUCAAUGACUGGGCUACCAGCAGCACCUCAGAGCUGUCCAGCCCAGGCAGUGAAACAGCCCCUGCCACGCUGGAAGAUGUUCUCCUGGAGAAGCUGGAUGACUUGGAUUAUCCCAAAUUCUUCAUCGACCUCAACGCUGGACACAUGGAGGAUGCUGAUGUCUUUGACCCCAUAUUGACCUUCCUCAACCAAGACAGUUUCGUGCCCAGCUUUCAAAGCUUUUACGAUCUCAGCUUUUCCUUUCUCCACUCCACUUUUUACGGUUUCUCUGAUGAGGAUGAACUGGUGCUGUACCUCGAGACUUCCCGGAACUGGGCCAAGAGGACUGGUUCAGUUUGGGCUCACGCCAGGCUCUGUUUCCUCUUGGGGAAGCUCUGCAUCAAAAAGGUCAAGUUCUCCCAGGCCCGGGUGUACUUGGAGGAAGCCAUGAGUGUCCUGGACAGGGGCUUUGGGGACCUGCCCCUGCUGGCAGCGCUGCACGUGAGCCUCGCCUCCGUCUACCUGAAGCAGAACAUGAAGCACAAGUUCUCCUCGCUGCUGGGGAAGACGGUGACGCUGCUCGUGUGCCUGCCUGGCCGCUCCUUCAGCUCGGAGAACGAGCUGGAGCUCCUCACCUACAUCCUGAGGGAAUCCAUCGCUGUGGGCAACGCUCCGCUGGAGGCCCGGAUCUGCUUCCUCAUUGCCAAGCUCUUCCUGCAGCUGGGCAGAACCGAGGAGGUGCUGCCCUUUCUGGAGCACCUCCAGUGUCUCAGCAGCACCUGGCUCAGCCCAGGCACCCGUGCUGGGCCACUGGAUGCCGCUGCCACCUUGGGCUACCUCUAUGACAAGAAGUGCCUGCCGAACAUCGCGCUGGCCUCCGUCAGGUCCUUUGUUCCCAGCAGCGCCAAGGGGACACCGACGCCCAUCUGGAGAGCUGGCUUCAUCCUCCAGGCUGCUUCCAAGCUGCUGGGGAAGCAGCAGCUGGGCAGGAGCAGCAUCCCAGCGCUGGCUUGUCUGUACCUGAGGCAAGCGCUGCAGUUCUGCUGCGAGAGCAGGGCCGUGCCCAUGCAGAGGACGCUCUGCGCCGUCCUGUCCAGGACGUGCCUCCAGCACGGGCUGCUGGACGGGGCCGUUCGUUACGCAGCCAGGGCGGCAGCCCUGGGCAGGCUGCUGGGGGAGGAGGAGGCUUUUGAGUCCUCGCUGUGCUUGGGCUGGGUGUACCUCCUGCAGCAGCGGCCGGGCCCUGCCGGGGACGUCCUGCGGCCGCUGCUGCGCUCCCUGCGCGGCACGGCCGGCCAGAACCCCGGCGGGGCCGUGCACAACCUGCUGGCCGUGGCCCUCGGGGCCCAGGGGCACGUCCAGGAGGCCGCGGAGAACUUCCUGAGGGCCCUGCACAAGGCCAAGGAGACGGGCGGCAGGAGGAAUCAGGCCGUGGCCCUGGCUAACCUGGGCCAGCUGAGCCUCUCGUGUGGGGCCGCCCAGCUGGCCGAGCUCUACCUGCUGUGGUCAGUGCGGCUCUACGCCGAGCUCCAGGGGCACCAAGAGCUGGACAUGGAGCUGGCACACGUGCUGCUGUGGCUGGCACAGGCCACGGUGGACAGGCAGAGGACGGAAGACGCCAAACUCUGCUAUGAACUGGCGCUGGGGUUUGGCCUGAAGUGGCAGAACCUGAGGAGUCAGCUGCACGUCACGGAGCGUCUGUGCCACUUCUACAGCAGAGUGUGCCCCGACCUGCGGGCCUGCAUCACCUACCACGAGCACUGGGCGUCCCUGGCACGGCAGCUGCAGGACAGGGAGCUGGAGGCCAGUGCCAGGCAGGCCCUCAGCCAGCUCUACCAGGCUGUGGGCACACCUGAGGCUUUGAGACAAUCCCUGGACUGCACCAAGCAGAGCCUGAGGAUCUUCAUCGACCUCGAGGAGGCUGCGAAGGCAGCAGAGGCCUGGCUGCAGGCAGGAAAACUCUAUUAUCUUCUGCAGGAGGAUGAGCUGGUGGAGAUGUACUUCCAGGCAGCCAUCCAGACUGCUCUGAAAGGGGACAACUUCUCCUUGGCCAUGGAUCUUUAUGAGAAAGCAGGUGACACCUUCUUCAAUGGCAGCCGGAACAGGGCCCGGGCAGUGGAGUUUUACAGGGGAGGUGCUGUGCCCUUGGCCAGGAAACUCAAGGCCACCCAGACAGAGCUGCGGCUGUUCAAUAAACUGGCCGAGCUGCAGAUCAGCCUGCAGGGCUACGAGAAGGCUCUGGAGUUUGCCACGCUGGCAGCCAGGCUCAGCCUCAGGGUCGGGGACCAGCUGCAGGAGCUGGUUGCCUUCCACCGCCUGGCCACAGCCUAUGACUUGCUGCACAUGCACGAGAUGGCCGAGGAUUGCUACCUGAAGACCCUGGCCAUGCGUCCCCCCGUGCUGCAGAGCUCAGCAGAGGCCCUGUACUACUGCAAGGUCUACUGGCACCUGGGCAACCUGACUCUGCACAAGCUGAAGGAUGAACAGGAUGCAGCCUCCUACUUCCUGCUGGCCCUCGCCGCAGCCGCCGAGCUGGGAGACCAGGAGCUGCAAGCCCUGCUCCGUGCCAAGCUGGGUGCCAUCCCCGGAGCCCCAGGGGGACCUGAGGGCACGCCAGGCUGUGCCACGGACCGGCCCCGGUGGCUGAGCCAAGGUGGCCACGUGGUGUGACCCGUCUGCCACCCCGGUGGCACCGUGCAAGGUCCGUGUGCUCUCCAGGACCGGCCCAGGAGAGGUCCUGCACCACGUCCUGAGGAGCUGGAAGGGUUUGGGCUCCUCCUCCCAAGCACUUGGGACCCUGCCCUUGUUUUUGAGGAGCAGGGCUGUGCCCAGAGCGGAGGUGGCACAGCCAGGGCAGGAUGAGGCCCCAGCAGCGGUGCUGGAGCUAGGGGUGCAGCAGGGCAGGGGGUUCAGAAGUGCCCUGCUCGGGAUGGGGACUGGGGAGUGCUGCUGUGUGCUUGUCCCCACAGCUGCCCCACACCUUGCAGCAGCUCAGCCCGACCCAAACCUGUUUGAAAUAGCAACUCCUUUAUUUACACCUGGUUUUUAUCCUCGUCUGCCCCGCUCCACGAGGUCUGUGGUGGCACCUCUGCCAAAGCCCUCUCCUGUAAAAAUCACCACCAAAGCUUUUGGCAGUGAGGGACAGAACUAGGGAAGUCAGGAGGAAUAAAGGGGCUGGUCCAGCUUCAUCUGAGGGCAGAAAAAAACUGCUCAGGGGGAGGCAGAGCCCACCCUCACCCCAGCCCUGCCAUCCAACCUCCGGGUGCAGAGCAGGAGCACAG